AUGCCGUGCACCUGCGGCAACUGGCGGAGGUGGAUCCGGCCACUGGUCGUUGUUCUUUACGUUGUGGGGCUGCUGGUGGCGGUUCCCUUGUGCGUGUGGGAGCUGCAGAAGCUGGAGGUUGGAAUUCAUACCAAGGCAUGGUUUAUUGCUGGAAUUUUUCUACUGAUGACUAUACCAAUUUCUCUCUGGGAUAUAUUGCAACACUUAGUUCAUUAUACUCAACCUGAAUUACAGAAACCAAUAAUAAGGAUUCUAUGGAUGGUGCCGAUUUACAGUUUAGACAGCUGGAUAGCUUUGAAAUAUCCCAACAUUGCAAUAUAUGUGGAUACCUGUAGAGAAUGCUAUGAAGCAUACGUCAUCUACAAUUUUAUGGUAUUCCUUUCAAAUUAUUUAACCAACCGGUAUCCAAAUCUGGUAUUAAUCAUAGAAGCCAAAGAUCAGCAGAGACAUCUACCUCCCCUUUGUUGUUGUCCAUCAUGGGCUAUGGGAGAAGUUUUAUUAUUUAGAUGUAAACUAGGCGUGCUGCAGUACACUGUUGUCAGACCACUUACCACCAUUAUUGCUCUAAUCUGUGAGUUGGUUGGUAUAUAUGAUGAAGGAAACUUUAGCUUCAAAAAUGCUUGGACUUACUUGGUUAUCCUUAACAACAUGUCACAACUGUUUGCGAUGUAUUGCCUUGUGCUUUUUUAUAAAGUACUGCGUGAAGAGCUGAACCCAAUCCAGCCAGUUGGCAAGUUUCUUUGCGUGAAGAUGGUAGUUUUUGUUUCCUUCUGGCAAGCUGUACUUAUUGCACUGCUGGUGAAAAUUGGUGUUAUUUCCGAAAAACGCACCUGGGAAUGGCAAAGUGUGGAAGCUGUGGCCACAGGCCUACAGGAUUUUAUCAUCUGUGUGGAGAUGUUCUUUGCUGCUAUUGCUCAUCACUACAGUUUUUCCUAUAAACCUUAUGUCCAAGAAGCUGAAGAAGGAUCAUGCUUUGAUUCCUUUCUUGCAAUGUGGGAUAUUUCUGAUAUUAGGGCAGAUAUAUCUGAACAGGUUCGAAAUGUUGGAAGGACAGUUUUGGGCCAACCAAGGAAAAUAUUUUUUGCUGAGGAUCAUGAACAAAACGAACAUACAAGUUUACUGUCUUCAUCUACUCAAGACCCAAUUUCUGAUGCUGCUUCUAUGCCAUCUUCACCCAUGAGUGGCCACUACCAGGGGUUUGGACACACUGUGACACCUCUGACUACACCUACAACAACCACGAUACCUGAUGGCAUUUAUAACACUAUUGUUGCAGAAGAGAAUGAGGAUUACCUUGUUCCAGAGCAUAGUACAUCUGAGAAGCCUUUGGAUAAAAGUUAA